AUGCAGUCUCCCACCAGCACAGCCCAGGGCCUCAGCGGCCCCCUCUUUGGGGCCUACACUCUCCCAACCUUCAAGUUCCAGCCUCGCCGUGAGAGUGUGGACUGGAGGCGCAUCAGUGCCCUGGAUGUGGACCGCGUGGCACGGGAGCUGGACGUGGCCGCCCUGCAGGAGAACAUCGCUGGUGUCACUUUCUGCAACCUGGACCGGGAGGUGUGCGGCCGCUGCGGGCAGCCCGUGGACCCAGUGCUGCUCAAGGUGCUGCGGUUGGCGCAGCUCAGCAUCGAGUACCUGCUGCACUGCCAGGACUGCCUGAGCACCAGCGUGGCCCAGCUGGAGGCGCGGCUGCAGGCCAGCCUGGGCCAGCAGGAGCGCGGCCAGCAGGAGCUGGGCCGCCAGGCCGAUGAGCUCAAGGGCGUGCGGGAGGAGAGCCGGCGGCGGCGCAAGAUGAUCAGUGCUCUGCAGCAGCUGCUCCUGCAGACGGGCGCCCACAGCUACCACACCUGCCACCUGUGUGACAAGACCUUCAUGAAUGCCACCUUUCUCCGGGCCCACAUCCAGCGCAGGCACGCAGGCAUGGUGGAAGGCGGAAAGCAGAGGAAGCAGGAGCAGCCAGUGGAGGAGGUGUUAGAAGAGCUACGGGCCAAACUGAAGUGGACCCAAGGGGAGCUGGAAGCCCAGAGGGAGGCGGAGAGGCAGCGGCAGCUCCAGGAAGCAGAGAUCAUUCGCCAGAGGGAAACAGAAGCUAAGAAAGAAUUUGAUGAAUGGAAAGAAAAAGAGCGGGCCAAGCUAUAUGGGGAAAUAGACAAGCUCAAAAAAUUAUUUUGGGAUGAAUUUAAAAGUGUUGCCAACCAGAACUCUAUCUUAGAGGAGAAGCUGCAGGCACUGCAGUCCCACAAUGUGAUGAAGUCCAACCUGGGGUCCCUGCGGGAUGAGGAGCCCGAGGAGCGACUCAGGCAGGCUCAGGAGCUCUGGGCUCUGAAGGAGAAGAUGGAAAUUCAGAAAACAGAAUGGAGGAGGAAAAUGAAGGCACUGCAGGAAGAGCAUGCAGCUCAGCAGAGAGAGCUGCAGGAGCAGAACGAGAGGCUCCAGGCUACCCUGUCUCAGGAUCAGAGGAAAGCAGCCGCCCAGGCCCAGCGCCAGAUCAGUGCCCUCCGCUCCCAGCUCCAGGAACAAGCCAGGCUCAUUGCCUCCCAGGAGGAGAUGAUGCAGGCCAUGUCUCUCCGGAAGGUGGAGGGGAUCCGUGAGGGCCCGAAGACUGUGGACACAGAUGCGGACUCUUCCGAGGAAGAGCUGGAGGACUCCCACAGUGGACAGCAGAAGGUGCUGGAAGCCCUGAGGCGAAACCCAGCCUUGCUGAAGCAGCUCAGACCAGUCCUGGAGGACACCUUGGAGGAGAAGCUGGAAAGCAUGGGGAUAAAGAGAGAUGCCAAGGGAAUCCCCGCUCAGACCCUCAGACACCUGGAGUCCAUCCUGCGAACCCAGCGGGAGCAGAAGGCCAGGAGGUUUUCCGAGUUUCUGAGCCUGAGGGAGAAGCUCAUUAAGGAAGCCACCAGCAGAGUGAAGGACAGACAGAGGAACGGGGCCCCGGUGUCCCAGCCAGAGGGUGAGGUGCCAGUCAAAAGCCAGCAGAGCCCACUGGUCACCAAAGAGGCCCAGCCAAAGGCCAGGACCGUGCCGGUGGCACAGCCAUCCAAGCCGGCAGAGCCCCCCGUGACAAGUCUUCAGAGCCGCAGCAGCCACAGCCUGGGCCUGGCCCCGGGACCCACCCCUACUCCUCGCUCCAGAGCGUCUGGACCCCCUGGCACCCCUUCUUCCCCAGGGCCUGGGCUGAGUACGCCCCCGUUCAGUUCUGAAGAGGACUCGGAGGGAGAUGCUAGGCCUCAUGCGUCCCUCCAGCCCCCGAGAGUUCCUUCGAGGGUGGGGCCCCGGCCGCAGGAUAACUGGGACUGGUCUGACACCGAGACCUCGGAGGGGAGUGCCCAGUCCCCUGGCAAGGGCUCAGGCGGGCUGGCCUCCUCAGGAACGCUGGUGCAAUCGAUGGUCAGAAACCUUGAGAAGCAGCUGGAGGCUCCAGCCAAGAAGCCUGCUGGAGGGGUCAGUCUGUUCUCAGUGCCCAGUGCCGGGCCACAGAGAGCUGCUGUGCCAGGAGGAAAGCCCCAGCUUUCUGAGGAUGAGAGUGACUUGGAGAUCUCUUCCUUGGAAGAUCUCCCACAGGACCUAAACCAGAGAGAGAAACCGAAGCCCUUGUCUCGCUCAAAGCUCCCGGAGAAGUUUGGCGCCAGCUCUUGGAGCCCCAGUCAACCCAGGGUGCCUGGCUGGUGA